GACAGGACAGGACAGAGCAGUGCCGUGAGGAGCCCCCGCACAGCGCACUCGUUCGCGUCUGACCCGGAGCUUUUCCCAGGCGUUAUUCCUGCAGCUGACCUCGAGGCCAGACCACAGGACUUGCUGACCUGUGGCCUUCCCGAGGCUUCUCUUCUGCAGGUGCCCUUAAGGGCAGACCGUGGGACUUGGUGCCCUGGAGGCAUCUCCCAUCCCUGCCACCAGUGCCCUCGAGGCCAGACCACAAUCCUUGACAGGACUCUCCUGUCCUUCUGGCAGGAGCCUUCGAGACCAGAGUGCAGGACUUGCUGUCCUGUAGCCUUCCUGAGGCUUCUCUCUUGAAGGUGCCUUCCAGGCACGACUGCAGGACUUGCUGACUCGGAGCUUUUCCGAGGCAUCUCUCCUGCAAGUACCCACAAAUCCAGUCACUGCCAUGGAGCAGAGACCCCCGAGAGUGCCCAAGCUGGCCUGGGUGGAGGAGGAGGAAGAAGUCCUGGGAGCUGCCCCAAUAGAGGAGAUCGCAGAGGUGGUGCCAUUUGAGCCACUGCAGGAGGAUGCAGCCGUGGACCGCACACAAGAGCAGGACCCCGCCCGUGGCCUCUUCCGCAGAACAGCGCAGCUGGUUUGCAAAUUCAUCAAGAGGAUUCGGGAGGAAGAGACCAGCACCACGGGCACAGGGUUCAGAGCAUAUUCACACAUCUUCAAAACCAAGACCUGUGCUGCCCUGCUGGAUAUGCUCGUAGAGGAGGGGUUUUGCAGUCCAAAGCAACUGCCCGCCAUGGUGAGGUACAUCCACCAGUGGCUCAUGGCCAAUCAGUUUGCUGAGCACAGGCUGAACAGGGCCCUGCUGGAUCUCACCAAAGAACAGCCUGCUGACGUAGUAAUGAUGCUCCUGCGUGUGGCCCCAUCCUGUGACAGAGCUGCUUUCACCAUGUGGAACAGCAUCAUGUGCUCGCCCAGGACUGCGGAGCCGGUGCAGCUGAUACUCCUCGAUGUGCUGGGGAGCUGGCCAGAGCACAGCAUGUGCACCUCUGAUGGGGACAAAACGGGUGUCUUUGUCCUGGCUGCAACUGUGGUGAUGUGGAAGAUCCUCCAGGUACCCAGUGUCCCACAUAUGGUGACGGUGUAUUUCCCCCACCUAUUGGUGCAUCUGCUCUUCCAAGUGUUCUUCAGCACUCUGGAUAUGCCAGAGGAGGUCGAUACCUUCUGGAAGGGAUGCCAGCAGCAAUAUGGCCUUGCCACCAGCCCCAACAGGUUUGCAGUGCGGACCCUGAAGUCCCUGCUCUGCCAAAUGCAGCACGAGGAUGUGGUGGUGGCAAUGGAACGCAAGUGUGGCUGGGACACACUGCUGUGUGCUGACACCCACCACUAUGCCGUGGGUCUGCUGGCCAGGGAGAUAUCCCGUGUCUCCAUCCCCUUGUGCUCCCGCAUUGCUCGCUACCUGCUCCGGCUGCUCAGCACACAGGAGCCACGCUGGGAGCUGCCUGCCCUGGCGUUCCUUGUGGAGGUCCUCGAGUGCCUGAACUUGAGUGAACACGGUGCUAACAGAGUCCUGCAAAUCUUGUCAAGGCACCUGAGGAGCGAGUGCAGGGAUAGGCGUUGCCUGGCGCUCAGGGCCCUUCUCAAGCUCAUUGAUGAUCCCUCAAUGAGGGAAAAAAUGUGGAGCCUGACUGAAAGUCUUGUGGAGCUCCUGCGGGACGCAGAUGGAGAGAUAGUUAGCAUGACAGUCAUGCUCCUCAGCUUUAUCUUCUGGGACAAGGACACGCUGAUAGCCAGCCCCAUCGCACUGCAGCUGGUUGAGGCGCUCCUGCCACUCUUUGACCACGACAAUAGCCAGGUGCAGCUGCUCUCCAUCCUGCUCUUCCAAGCAUUGCUGUCUCUUCCACUGGAAAAGGACGAAAAGGCCCAGAAGACACACGUGCACCAGAGCCUGCUGCCACUCUUCUUCCACUGCCAUGAUGAGAAUCGGCGUGUGGCAGAGGCUUCUCAGGAAAUGCUGCUUUGUGUGGCCCAGUUCCUGCAGAGGAGGGACCUUGAAAAAGUUGUGAGGAACAAGAAGCUGUGGAAGUUCACCGAGUGCCUGCUGGCAGACGACAGGAGCAGAGCGGCCGAGCACGUGCACCGGGCCCUGCCCUACCUGGAGAGCCCACAGGACCCCCUGCGAGAGGCGGCCGUCAGGUUCCUGGGGAUUGCCGGGCGGCAGCUGAGAGGGAAGAAGGAAGAGCUCCAGCUCAUCUGUGAGGCCCUUGAAAGCAUGGCAAAUGACAUCAGCAUUGCUGUUGGAAGCCUGGCAAUUCAAACUUUGUACAUCCUCCAGGCAGUAGAGAGAGCUCGAUAUUCCAUCUUCGACAGCCUGCAUGAUCAGCUCUGCAGGGCAUGGAGGGCACGGCCUCGUCUGUUGGGGCUUGGCUGGCUGCGCUGCUGGAGCUCUGCAGAGAGCUGAUCCCAGAGGUUCUGUCUGCUGGGGCCACCUAAGCCAGCAGGAAUGUUUCAUUUUUUCAAGAUUUUCUUUCCUUCUUUUCGUUUUUCUUUAGCAUAUAAAUAUAGGAUGUGUUGUAAUA